AUGACAUCACUGACAGUUGAUGCUGCGAGCAGUGUUCAGCAUCAGUACACCAACAGGAUGUCCUCCAUCGCAGUGCACGCUCUGCCCGCCUCCACCGCCGUCGCCACGGAGACCAGGCCCCGCAUGGACAGCCUCAAGGUGAAGGUGAAGCUGAAGCCCCGCCCCCGAGCCGUCACCGGAGGAGACGAUUCGCCGACGUCUCACCACGGGAAGAAGGUCAAGAGUUCCCGCUGGAGGCGCUGGAGCGUUAGCAUCACUCUGACCAGGGGUUCUUGCUUGUCCGGUGAGGUGGUUUCCAUGCCGACGGAGGAGGAAGUGGACGUGCUGUUGGGGAAGUUGGGGGUGUGUCUCCGUCCUGAUCCGUUGCCUAGAGACCAGCGGAGAUGCUGCUUCUGUCACCAGCUGGGAGACGGACCGACGGACGGACCAGCCAGACUGCUGAACCUGGACCUGGACCUGUGGGUUCAUCUGAACUGCGCUCUGUGGUCCAGCGAGGUUUAUGAGACUCAGGCCGGCGCUCUGAUCAACGUGGAGCUGGCUCUGAGACGAAGUCUGACGCUGCGCUGCGCUUACUGCCAGCAGACCGGAGCCACCAGCGGCUGCAACCGGUUGCGCUGCACCAACACCUACCACUUCACCUGCGCUCUGCAGGCGCGCUGCACCUUCUUCAAGGAUAAGACGAUGCUCUGCCACCUCCACAAGCCCAGGAUGGUCCCUCUGAGCGGGGACAGGUCUUCCAGCGGGUCUCCCUCCUCCACCACGGGGCCGACCCCUGACCCCGUGGUCAUGAUGGCGUCCGACCCGUACGACUCGGAGCUGCGCUGCUUCGCCGUGUUCCGGCGGGUGUUCGUGCAGCGGGACGAGGCGCGGCAGAUCGCCGCCGUGGUGCAGCGCGGCGAGCGGCAGCACACCUUCCGGGUCGGCAGCCUGCUGUUCCGCGCCAUCGGCAGACUCCUCCCGCAGCAGAUGAACGCCUUCCACAACAAAACCGCCAUCUUCCCCAUCGGUUACCAUGCCAACCGCUUCUACUGGAGUAUGCGCAACAGCAGCCGGCGCUGUAAGUACAUGUGCUACAUCGAGGAGGAAGACAGGCGGCCGCUGUUCAAAGUGAAGGUUGUGGAGAAGGGACACGAUGACCUCAUACUGAGCGGACAAUCACCGAAAGCUGUCUGGGACCAGAUCCUGGAGCCAGUGUCCCAGAUGAGAUCCUCCAGUGGGACUCUGAAGCUCUUCCCAGUUUACCUGAAAGGAGAAGAUCUGUUUGGUCUGACUACGUCUGCAGUCAGCAGGAUCAUCGAGUCUUUACCAGGUGUGGAGGCCUGUGAGCGUUACACCUUCCGUUACGGCAGGAAUCCUCUCAUGGAGUGGCCUCUGGCCUUCAACCCAACUGGCUCGGCCCGAUCUGAGCCCAAAGCCUACCAGGCCAAGAGAACGUACCUGUUGAACAGCAUCGCUCCCAGGUGUCAGGGCUCGGUGGGCUCCAUCGUGGGCCUCGUUCCCGGCGUCAUCUCUCUGUCUCCGGGCGAGUCCGUGGCCGGCGCUCAUCAGGGACGUCACUCCAAGUCGGCCCAGUACCGACGCAUGAAGGCCGACUGGAAGACCAACGUCUACCUGGCUCGGUCUCGCAUCCAGGGUCUGGGUCUGUACGCUGCCAGAGACAUUGAGAAGUGUACCAUGGUCAUCGAGUACAUCGGAACCAUCAUCAGGAGCGAAGUAGCCAACCGGAAGGAGCGACUGUACGAGUCUCAGAACCGCGGUGUUUACAUGUUCCGCAUCGACAACGACUUUGUGAUCGACGCCACUAUCACUGGAGGACCUGCCAGGUACAUCAACCACUCGUGUUCUCCUAACUGCAUCACUGAGGUCGUUACCGUGGAGAAAGAGAACAAGAUCAUCAUCAGCUCCUGCAGACGCAUCCAGAGAGGAGAAGAGCUGAGUUAUGACUAUAAGUUCGACCUGGAGGACGAUCAACAUAAGAUCCCGUGUCACUGUGGAGCCGUCAACUGCCGCAAAUGGAUGAACUGAACACACACACACACACACACACACACACACACACACUCUGGCAGCUCUCUCUCUCUCGGUGCUGAAGGUGGCUGUCGAUCGCCCGCCUCUCUGUGGGCGGAGCUUAACAGUUGGACUUCAUAUCAGAAGUAUAAUAAUAAUAAUAAUAAUAAAUGUGAUCAAUAGCUUUGAUCAGAGGUAAUAAUCAUGGGGGGGUCAGUGAGUGACGGGGGGGUUUAAAGAGGCUGGUCCUCUGUGUAUAUUGGGUGUAAAUGUGAGUAAAGGCCACUGAAAGGGAGGUUUUUUUUAUGAACUUGCACUAAAACAACGACUCAAACACAAACAGAGAAAUUCCUCAGACAUACUUGAUUCUGUGAGUCAGCGUGUUGCUUCUUCCUCCUCCUCCUCUUCCUCGCUCUGUUUCCCUGUAACAUAAGAGCUUUUUUUCUUUUUUUUUUUUGUUUGUUGUGUUUUUUGUAUUUAUUACUGAAUGAAGCUAUUUUCUAAGAAUCGACGGUGAGUUCGGGGUCCGGAGUCGCAGCGUGUAAAUAUCUGUAUCAUAAAUCUAAAAACAAAUUUUUAAAAAAGAAAAAAGUUUAGAGAAUCACUCCACCGAGAGCUACCUUAACAUCCUCAUCCUCACCUUCAUCACCUGCCCAUCAGAGAGGUUCCCGGCGGUGCGUUCUGAUUGGUCGGUUUCACUGCGGCCUUCUUUCAGUUUCCUGUUUGUGUUUCUCGCUGCGGCGACAUGAAGCCUUCUUCUUUUUUAUUAUUGGACUUCAACAGUGUGAUGAUGACGAUGAUGAUGUUUGGUUUUUGUUUUUUUUUUGUUUUUUGGGGGAAAUGUUGAAACCUGAUUUAGAAUCAUUUACAGAAAAUAAAAUAUUUUACAUCUUGAAGAAACGACACUUCUCUUUAUUUCUGAUUAUUAGAAGUUUGUUUCUCUCAAAGCUAAUCAAUAUAUUACCAAUCAAUACUAUCACAGAUCAGUGAAUCAUAUACAGGCAGCGUUUAUGUAUAUUUGAUCCUUUUUCUUAAUUCAAGUUUAAUAUAUGUGUUUUUUUAUUGUUUUUUUAUUCAUAGUUAAUAAUAAUUAAAUCUUGGCUGUUUUUACUGUUUCAGCACUGACGUCAUUUUAUACAAUAAAGUUUAUUAGACUGUAAAUUAUUCCUUUAACGUCUUCGAGGGAAUAUUAAUAAUAAAUGUGUUUGUUUAUAUUCUGUAACGUGAUCGAUCGGCUCGGAUCAAUACGAGGCGAUCGGGAUUUAUUACGACUGAAGGAUGAAAAUAUUCUAAACAGAAACUUUGUGAACUUUGUGUAAAAUGAUCCGAACGUAUAAAAAGUUUAUUAAACAUU